AUGCUGUUCGCUAUUGUCGUCUACCUGUACAUUACUCGUCCAUUGCCACUGAAAUCCGAAUGCCAGCAACAGCCACCCCUCGACAGUUCUCUAGAGCAAGAGCUGACGCCACCGCCACCAACUCCGACACCUUUACACUGCCGUAAUCUUCUGAACAAGAAGGAAGGUGGACCACCUUCUACUAUAAAGGAAUCAAGUGAAUCGUCCCAAACGCUUGACGACAACGAAUCCGACAAAGGUGAUUGA